AUGAAUGCUGCCCAUAUUAGCUAUAAUAUGAAAAUUGUGUUUAUGUGCAAACGUCUGGCGGUGUCGGAAAAUAAGUUCUUGAAUUCGUGCGAAUUUAUGCAAAAGACUGGUUCCCAUCAAUUGAAUGAGUCGUGGCUUUUUUUGCGACAAAAAAGUGGAGAAAAAUAUGUGGAUUGUAUUGAGAAACUAAAACUCGUUGUGAUAUUUCAUCUCAACCACAGAGUAAAGAGUUAUGAAAGAGGAGCUCAGAUAGGAUGCAACGAUGAAGUUAAUAUAAUCUUUUGUCCAUUGCAUACCCUGUCUAUUGUCCAGACCUGUGGCCCAAUGUAUAAAAAGUUGCAAAGAGAACAUCUUCUUCUGCAGCGAUCUUUCGCUUCAGUCUCUCAAUCACUCAAUGAAAACCUAUCGAAAUGUCAAUCCAAUGAACAAUUCAUCUCUAAUAUAGUGCACAACAAGAGUAAUAAAACAAAGUGUCAGCUCAAGAGACAAUUGAAAAACGUCUUUUUAAAUAUCCCUUCAGUGCCAGUAAUUAUUCAUAAGAAGUUAUGCAAAGAACAUGUUAUUCUUCAGCAGUCUUUCGCCACAGUCUGUCAGUCAUUGAGAGAAAUGCUGGAAAGGGAUGGCAGUCAACGACCCAAACAACACAACAUUUCAAACUCACAACAAAAGAAAUCUAAUAAAAAAGAAUUUGAUGAACUCAGGAGACGGAUCGAAUUAUUAAGUAUUGAAUUACAAGAAACACGCGAUCAAAACGAAUUGCUUGAAUUCAGAAUCCAUGAAUUCGAACACAUUAAGGCACCAAAAAAUCAAACUUCAAACAAGAGCUCAUUCAAUGCAAAGGCUGACGAUUUUUCGCAUCGCUUUAAUUUAAGAGUGUAUAAGCGGUGGGAAAAUAGGCGAUGCGUUAAGAAUAAUCACUAUUGUUAUAGACAACAAGUGCUGAGACAGACAUGCGAACUUCCUGAGAUUCCGUGCAAUAAGUGCUGUAAACUUGAAACACAACUUUUUGAUGUUAAUAAUGAAAACCAGAAGUUGAACGAGAAAUUCAAUGCAACACAAAAAACAUUAAAUGAAUUAAUAGCUAAAUAUGCACUUAAGGAAGAACUCAAUAAUUUAUUACUUCAGAGGAAUUACACCAAAAAUACUGUUAUUGACAAAAAUAGUUAUAUUGGGUCUGCGAUGACGAGCGAAGAUGAAGGUCUUGGGGACGACACUCGCAGAGAUCAUUCUUCAGGACCGAGUAGUUUAGUUGAUUCACAAGAGCCAGAGUACGAUGUGAUGAGUGAGUCGACACAAUCGACUCCAGAUUUAGGGCAUAAGGAGGGGUUGACUAAUGCAUGCAGUAUUGAAGAUGUGGAGCAAUUGGGGCCUCAAAGGGAACAACUGAGAGAAUCAGUUGAAUCAGACAAAGACAAAGAGCAAUACUUAAGAUUAGAAGUGAUGAGAAGCAAUGAUUUAAUCGAAAAGUUGAAACAAAGUAUAGACAAACUGAAGGGAGAAAAGGCUAUUUUGGAGGAACAGGUUCUCGAACUCGAAGAGGCAGAGAAUGACUCCAGACUUAUGAGCCAACGAUUACAACAGCAAAUGCAGACAUUUGUUGACGACUACGAGAAGUUAGAGUUGGAUUUAAUCAAUGCCAACAAAACCAUUGAUCUGAACAAUAAUAGGAUUAAAAAAACAGAUUUAAGGCAUCAAAUCGAAGAAAUGAGAAACAAACGAUGUGAACAACACUCGACACAAGUCGAUAGUUUAUAUUCAGUUGUGUGGGAAAGACUAUACCGAUUGGAAAAUCAAAUCGACUGUUUAAAGCAGUCUUACAAUCAGACAAACCAAACCAAUUGCUCUCAAGACUAUACAGACGAUGACUUACAGCUCUUUAUUUCGGCUGAAAGGCUAUCAGAAGGAGUCUCGAAAAUAGGCUCUUCUUUUGAAGUGAGUCACUUCGAUAAGAGUCGAGACCAAGCGUUCAAUCACUGCGAGGCCAGUGUCCGACUCGACGAUCUCGUCCUGUCUAUGCCUUUAUGUGAAGCCGUAAAAGCGGAACGCAUUGAUGUUAUGGUACCCAAUACUUCUCAACUGAAGGUCACUCCCUCUCCAUCUCAUGCAUUACCCCAUGAAUUGACCACAAAAUUGGCUAAAUUAGAGACCAAUGAACAGCAACUGAGAGAAAGAUUAGUGCAAUUAGAGUGGAUUAACAAAGAGUUUGUUCGCGAACUGGAAUUGAGAGAAAAGAUAUUUUUUGAAAGAGAAAAAAAUCAAAACGAAUGGACGAAUAGUGAGAAUGAAUUCAAAUAUGCUAUAAAUGAACUCAAAAAUGAGAUUAAAACGUUUGAUAUCCGAAAUGCAUACGAGAGGCGAAUAAAAAUUCUGUUAGAAGAGCACAAACUGAUGGAAAAAGAGCUGAAAAUGAAGAUGAAAGAAAUGGAGGGCCAGACCUCCUCUACAGUCAAUCAGUUAGAGUUUGAGAGAAAUAAAAUCAUUAAACAAUUGGAGGAAAAUAAAAUUGAGGCAAAAAUAUUACAAUUAGUUAAGAAUAAGAGUAAUUGCGAUAAAUUGAGAAAUUGUGAAAACGAGAAAUUAAAGAUUGAAAUCAAUUGCAUUCAGUCGUGCGAAGAGGAAUUGAAGCGGAAAUUGAAUGAAAUGAUGCAAAAAGAGUCGGCAUAUGUGGAGACUCUGGCAGAAGCGGACAAAAUCAUUGCAACGCUUGAACACAACUAUAAACAUCGGAUCGAGGAAUUGGAGGCUUCGAAGACUGGUCUCAAGUUAAGGGUCACACAACUCGAAGAAAGUGAAUCACGUUUGCGGUCCAGUCUUAGACCUGACAGGAGAGCCACCAAUGAUUCCUAUGGAAAGGCCAGUGAUCUCGUCAAACAACUUAUUGACUCUGAAGCUCGAGAGUGCUCUUUGAGGCAACAAAUCAAAGCUCUCGAAACAUCUGUCAAUCAAUUGAACCAACAGUUAGAAGACACCAAUCAUUUGAAACAACGAAUCGAAACCGAACUCAAAGAUCAGGACGAAUUGGUCUCCACU